CACACCCAACCUUCUUCCACUUCUACCUUUAUAUAUCACCCCACCACCUCCUCUUCUUAUCAACAACAACUUCACAACUUCACAAACUCAACCACAGCACAACACACCUCACACACUUCCAAACUCAACUACAAACACACUUUCAAUCACCUCAGUCAACCCUACCAAAUCAAUCAAGAUGUCUGCUCCUCAAGUCGGAGAUGCCCUCCCGGCCGAUACCACCUUCUCUUACGUCCCUUACAGCCCUGAGAACGCUGAUUUCAAGGCCUGUGGCAUGCCAGUGCCAUACAAUGCGUCCAAGGAAUGGGCCAACAAGAAGGUCGUCCUCUUCUCCGUCCCCGGCGCCUUCACCCCCACCUGCUCCGUCUCCCACCUCCCCGGCUACCAAGCCGCCCUCCCAGAGCUGAAGGCCAAGGGCGUCGACAUCGUCGCCGUCGUCGCCUCCAACGACCCAUGGGUCAUGUCCGCCUGGGCCAAGGCCUCGGGCGUCAAGGACGACAGCAUCCUGUUCCUGAGCGAUACCGAUACCAAGCUUGCGUCCACCUGGGGAUGGGCUGCGGGCGGACGCACUGGGCGCUGGGCUGUUGUGCUGGAGAAUGGGAAGAUCACUUAUGCGGGUAAGGAGGAGGGACAGGGUGUUACUGUUAGUGGUGCUGAGGCGGUGCUUGCUAAGUUGUAA